UCUCCCUCGGGACCUCAUGGCUUUGACAAUGUCCAGAGAAGACCUUCAGAUGAUGGAAGGAUCAGCUGUCACAGGUCUUGAAGCUAAUGAUGAUCAAGAACAACAGAGUGAGAAGCCAGAGAAUGAAGUCUCCCCAAGCAAUUCCCGUAACCACUAUAGUACUCCAACAGAAACCUAUAGAAAAUUAGAUGAAGAAUUUGAAGAUACUAGUAAACAAAAAGAUAACACAACUAGAAUCUCUGAAGAGCCAGAUGAAAAUGAAGGGAGACAUUGUUGUCAGAGAUGUCGGUCAGCAACAUUUCAGGUGUAUGCCUCACACUUCCUUUCAUCCUGGGGAGACCGUAUGUGGAUGUUUGCUGGUGGACUCUUUCUCCUUGAAGUAACCCCGGGGUCUCUACGUCUUGCAGCUGUUUAUGGAGCAGCUCUUGCUCUGACUGUGAUUAUUUGUGGUGCUCCAGUUGGCCGAUGGAUUGACCGUACAUCAAGGUUAAGAACUGCACAACUGAGUCUGAGCAUACAGAACAUUAUGGUUUGUUUUUGUGCUGCCAUCCUGGUCCUUAUCACUACACAACGCCAGAUAUUUACUGCUUGGGAUGGCUGGUCACUUGUUGUUGCCGAGGGAUUUGUAAUCCUGACAGCAUGUAUAGCACAGAUUGGAACAUUAGGAUCAAAACUUGCCAUUGAAAAAGAUUGGAUUCUUGUGAUCUGUGGCCAGGAUAAUGCUCGCUUGGCAGGAAUGAACAGUGUUUUGAGAUCAGUUGACCUUAGCACUGAAGUUUUAGCGCCUGUGAUUGUAGGUGCUAUCAUGACUGGCUUCGGUAUGGCAGCUGGAGGUAUUGCAAUUGCCUGUUGGAAUGUAGCUUCCCUCUUUGUGGAGUAUAGCUUACUUCAUCAUCUCUUCUACUCUAAUACUGACCUACAGAAACCCAAGAAAAUAGAUGAAGGCACACCAAAAGCAGAAGGAAAUGCUGAAGACUCACAUGGGACUAAUGAAGUGAAAAAUAAGAUCAAGAUGAGACACAAAAUAGUACUGCGUAUUAUUUCAGCUUGGGAAGCAUGGCGCUCGUACAUGAACCACCCAGUCAGGGAUGCUGGACUAGGUCUUGCUCUUCUGUUUAUGACUGUUUUGGCUUUUGAUAAUUACUCAAGAGCAUUUGUGUAUGAAUCUGGUGUAUCAGAAAGUAUCCUCGGUGUAUUGACAGCCUUGGCUUCAUUGUUUGGGAUAUUUGGCUCUAUAGCUUCUCCAUUCCUAAGAAAGAAGAUUGGUGUAACAAAUACGGGAUUGGUUGGCUUUGGUAUCGAGACUUUCUGCUUAACAUUUUGUGUGGCUUCUGUCUUUUCUCCGGGUAGCCCAUUUGAUUCCUCUGCGAUCUUAAACAUUGGUAAAAGUUCUUCAGGCUUAACAAACUCUACUCGUACCGCUCCUUCCUAUUUCAUGUCCAAUGUAGCAACUCCUCCAAGUGACUUUGUCGAGACUGAUAUAAUUAACUUAAAUGUGAGCCAGAAGGUAAUAGAUGACGCAUACACUGUGGCAACGGAAGAGGUCAACUACACGUCUGUAAUUCUCUUCCUGACUGGCAUCAUUACUUCCCGAUUUGGAUUGUGGGUGGCAGACCUGACAGUGACCCAGAUCCUGCAAGAGGAAGUAGCAGAGUGUGAGCGCGGGGCUAUCAACGGGGUGCAGUCUUCACUCAACCAGUCACUCGAUCUUCUACGCUCAAUUUUGAUUAUCAUCCUUCCUACAAGAGAAACUUUUGGGUUCCUCGUCAUCCUGUCAUUCAUCUUUGUUUUUACUGCGUGGAUAAUAUUUGCAACAUAUGCACGUCGACACUCAACGUCAACACCACCUGUAGCAACCCCUGAGGCAGAAGAGUUACAAGCUGCAGUAUAGCUGUUAUGUGUUACAGUAUUUUCCAGCAUAAUGCAUUAAAGAUAUCUUUUAUUUAGCAUUACGUAUUGCGAAUAAUUUUUAUCUGGAAAGAUUUGAAUGGAUGUCUCAUUCAAUUGUCAGUAUGAAAUGAUGUGACAGUACACUUACCCUAUGUGGUGGAUAAAUUCCAGAAAAACCAGUGAAUAGCAAUUCAUGAAUACCAUUAAUUUUGCGGUGUCCGUGACUUUAUCCUUUGAAUAACUUACCUGCAAUAGAAGCCUAACGAAGCAAUGUAAUGAUAACAAUCAUCAUAAUUACAUAAAAGAAUUAAAUAUUGACAAAUUGUAAUAAAAUACAGUACAGUAAUAAAUAAAGAGUUGCAAUGCAAAUGAAUUGGAGGAUGCAGUAAUGGUGAUAUAAUGUCUGGAAACUGUCUAAAAUUGUCUUUAUAUAUUGUGGUUAUGUUAGUGAAAUAUUAAAGUUCCCCUAAAAAUGGAAAGAUUUUCAUCAUUUCAAAUACACAAGAAAAAAAUACGAUCAAGUGUUCCCAUUGCUGCAUACCAUUGUAGGGGCGGUGUCUUUAACACUGUGGGUAACAUGACAGUACGGACACAAAACAUUUUUAGGGUUGAUUCAAGGGGUCUCAGAUUUACCGACAAUUAAGGCAUUUAGCAUAUACUGUACUGUACUCAAAUGAUCUUGAAAGCCCCAUUUAUCUGUUGGCAUAUACUGUACUGUAUAUCUUAAUGCUAAACAUACAGGGUUUUCCAUACUUUUUAUCUUACGGUUAACAUAGACAACAUGUUGUAGAGUACUGUAUGUGGCCAGUUGUCAAUUCUCUUUGUAUGGGCACACAAACGUACGUACAUGUUCGACACCACAACCGCAUCCAGCCCAUACGUGCACGAACUGAUCGCUAUAAGAACAGCCCAGUC